GUUCCAUUCUGUGCCUCAAAUGUUUUCUAGAAUGUCUAUUUUCUCCUUUGGUUCCUUGUUAACCGCACCGUAACUGCGACCCGGGUCUUUUCUCUGCUAUCACGAUAUGAUUCAGUCGAGUUGGACGAAUCAUGGAACUACUUUGCGGAAUAGAAGAUCUAUUACGUUGACCGUUAUACUUCUCAUCUUAAGUCUAUGGUUAUUGUCGCAGUUACACAAUGGUCCGAACUUCCGCAUCACACAACCUCCCCGGGAGACGGCAGCGAACGCCACAUUAGGGUUCCAAAAACUAGUAGUGCUUCCGAAUAAACCUAGUUGGAGGACCCGAGGCCUCGAAGCAGCCGCUAAACUCACCGGUCUCGAGUUUACAAUUCCACUCCAGGGGCAGAAUUCCGACGAGCUAGUCGAAGCUUUCCGGAAUCUCGGCGCAGAUAAGAAGGGCGCCAAGCUGCCAGCGCCCGGCUCGGCCAAAGCUUGGCUUGCGCAUCUUGAUCUACUCAAAUAUGUGAUAGCAUCAGGCUUCGAGACUGCGUUUAUCGUGGAAGACGACGUCGACUGGGAUGUUCGGAUCAAGGCGGAAAUGAGGCUCGUGUCCGAUAAUGUUCGCGCCUACAUGGGCGUUGCCGAAGACGAUCCUACACCCUUUGGGACCGACUGGGAUGUCCUGUGGCUUGGCCACUGCGGCUCAAGCAUCACAGACGACUUGCCCCCGCCUCGCCUUUUCGCGGAUGAUACCCGCUGCGAGACUCCGCUAUACUCGGGAUGGUCAAAGCGCUUUGUAAGGGACAAGCUGACUGAAGGCCAUCGUCAAGUCCAGGCAGCCCACAUGACCGUUUGCACUUUCGGAUUCGGCGUGACGAAGCAGGGUGCACAGAAAAUGGUACCGCUUUUAUCGCGGGGCGGCAAUGAAGCGUUUGAUGUUGCUCUGUCUGGAUAUUGUAAGAACGAGAAACUAAAGUGCAUUGUUGUCAACCCGCAAUUAUUCAACCAUUACGAACCUCCGGCCGAUUUGGGAUAUGUCAGUGACGUUCAUGUUGGAGACGGGCACCGCGAAGGGAGUAACGAUUCGAGCUUCGAGCAUAUAAAAGGAACGACGGGGAACAUUAUGAAGAGCGCUCGGUGCGAAACGCUAUUCCACGACGUGUGCAUGAGGCCUCCUUCAGAAAUAUGAAGUUCUAAGGCGUUUUCUUUCCUGUUCCACAUAGCAUUAUAGACGGAGCGAAUUACUAUAGAGAUACCCGGGGUUUGCGCUAGCUUACUUGUAAUACUUCUCGGAAAUUUGCUUUAUUUACUUGUAUUAACUCG